AUGUCGGGCCCCAUCAUGCCUUUCACGGAAGCCAACUCGCGCAGAGUAGCGUCCUUGUUCAGAAAAGCAUUAAGAACUGCCUUCGACAGCUCAUUGAAGUUCGAUGCAUACAGACAAGAAACCUUGAAGAUUAGAGCUCAGUUCGAAGCCAACAAGACAGUUAAUAACCCUGAUGAAUUAGAGCAAAUCAUUCGCAAAACUGAGGUCAAAUUGGCAGAGUGGAAGCACCCUGACCCCUAUAUUCCCCCUUGCCGCCCUGGUGGAACAAAAUACCAAAGAAACAUUCCGUUGGCCAAGGAGAAGGUCGUUCCUGGAGAUUGGUGA